GACGUCUCCUUCCGUCUGCGUAAACUCCAAACUGUAUGAUGUAGCAGGACGUGGCUAACAGGGAGCUAGUGACGGCACGACGUCCGAAACACUUAAAAAUCCUGAAAAGAAUUAGAUUUACUUAAUGUCGGAGAGGUUGUGGGUUGUGUACCAUGGGGUACGACGUUACGAGGUUCCAGGGUGAGGUGGAUGAAGACCUCCUUUGUCCCAUAUGUAGUGGAGUACUAGAGGAACCGGUGCAGGCUCCACACUGUGAACAUGCCUUCUGCAAUGCCUGCAUAACCCAGUGGUUUGCCCAGCAGCAGAUUUGUCCCGUCGACCGCACCGUAGUGACGCUAGCCCACCUACGGCCCGUGCCCCGCAUCAUGCGCAACAUGCUGUCCAAGCUUCAGAUCAACUGUGACAACGCCAGCUUUGGCUGCACAGCCACGCUGAGGCUGGACCAGCUGCAGUCACACCUCAAGGACUGCGAGCACAACCCGAAAAGGCCGGUCAACUGCGAGGAGGGCUGUGGGCUGGAAAUGCCCAAGGAUGAGCUGCCCAACCACAACUGCAUCAAACACCUGCGCAGCGUCGUCCAGCAGCAGCAGACCAAGAUUUCAGAGCUGGAGAAAACGGUGGCAGAACACAAACACCAGCUGGGGGAACAAAAACGAGACAUUCAGCUGCUAAAGGCGUACAUGAGAGCGAUCCGCAGCGCAAACCCUAACCUGCAAAACCUGGAGGAGAGCAUAGAGUACAACGAGAUCCUGGAGUGGGUGAACUCCAUGCAGCCGGCCCGGGUGACCCGCUGGGGCGGCAUGAUCUCCACGCCGGACGCCGUGCUGCAGGCCGUCAUCAAGCGCUCGCUCAUCGACAGCGGCUGCCCCCUGUCGAUCGUCAACGACCUCAUCGAGAACGCCCACGAGCGGAACUGGCCGCAGGGACUCGCCACUCUGGAGACGCGGCAGAUGAACAGGCGCUACUACGAGAACUACGUUGCCAAGCGCAUUCCUGGCAAGCAGGCGGUGGUGGUGAUGGCCUGCGAGAAUCAGCAUAUGGGGGAGGAUAUGAUCCUGGAGCCCGGCCUGGUUAUGAUCUUUGCUCACGGCGUGGAGGAGAUCUUAUAACCCCGCCGCGGCCGUCAGUCUGUCCAGAGACAAGUGGGGAUGUUUGGCCUUCACUCUGUGGAGUGGAAGAGGGUUUGUUUUUUUGUUUUUUUUCAAAUCCUCUUCAAAGCGAAAGCUGCAAAAAUCUGGCUUAUUUAAAACAAAAUCUUAGGCUCACUCCUAAGCUUGAAACUUAUGCCUUAAAGUAAGGACAAAGACUUUUAUGAACCUGGCAAAUAGAAACAUAAUCUGAUAUCUAAGGUGAAAUAUGUUUACAAGGUUUAUAUUUAGUGCAUUACGUGAUCUGAUUGUUCUGCUACUAACAUAGUAAUAAGCUUACACCCCCCCCCCCCAUUUAAUGCCCUCGCUUGUACAAAUGCUUGUAAAUACAAAUAACUAUAUUGAAUUCUAACUGUAAUACUCACCACUGUAAUUAGAUUGUGAUUUUUUUUGUUGAUCUCGGUUCAGUUUGAGCCCGUGUUACCGUCUGGAGGGAAGUCGCCUCCGGAGAUUUCUGUGCGCUUGCUUUAUCGUUUAGUUUCCUGUGAACAUUUCACAAGACGUCGUGCUUUUCCGCUUUAGAUUGUUCAGACCUUCUGUGCCAUUUGUUUUAUUUAUUGUGUUGCCUUGUUUUUUGUUGUUUUUUUUGUUUUGUUUUUUUUUGCAAACAUAUGAUUGAAGAUUUACCAUUUAUUGUAUGGGAAACUGCCUUUUGGUGAAUUUGAAGUUUGUUGGUGGACUUUAAAAAAAAAAAAAUGCUUGUUAUCUUCGUUGCCUCUGUUGUUCUUGUACGUCGGAUCCAGUUGAGGUGUUUGAUUUGCAGUUUAACGUCUGAAACGUCACUCAGUGCUAUCUAUGAUAUUUUUUUUUUUUUUUUUUUUUAAGAAUUUAAAUACUUCACUUGAUGCUUUAGGCGAUUUAUUUUCUGACUGAAUUGUAGAAGUUGAGUUUUUUUACGGCCGCCGGACACCUUUCAGCGACGCAGCGCGGCGAAACACAAGUUUGGAGAUUGUAUGAAUAUUUGUGAAGUCACACUUGAUGCUUUUGCAAAGAGAAAAAAAAAAAAACUCUUUACCUUGAGUCACUUGCUGCUGUGGUAAGAGGAGCAAAACUUCAGAUGAUAUGAAAGCUCUUACUGGCAGACUGCCCUUUUCUUUCUUCCUUGUUAAUGUUUUUUUAUUUGGUCUGUAAUGUAAGGUGUGUUGUACAGGCAAGUAAUAAAACUUUGAACCUCA